AUCCUCUUGUCUAUAAGAAUUAAACUGACAUAACUUUGCAUCUUCAAACUUUCGCAUUAUAUCAUCGUUCAAUCAGCAAGUUAACGAACGAACUACGGUAUCUGGAGUGGUCAACGAAUCGCAUUCCGUGAAAUUCAACGAGAACCGUGCUGAAGGAAAACCUACUAUCAAAAUCGAUUUGCGACUCCGAAGACACUCGCUGUGCGCGUCGCUAGUCGCAACACUGCAAAGGCUCAAAUUUGCACGACUUUGGCAGAGCUUUACAUAGGUAGUCAAACUUGGAUAGCUGGAAAGCUUUACUGCAGCUGUUUGUCACUUUUUGCACCAAAUUUGAGGCGGAUCUACAAUAGACUGACGGAAAGCCGAACAUAGAUGUGAGGGGCCUUUGGUCGACAUACUCUCAGACGCUUUCACCUAUUUUUCUACACAUCCUUCCAUUGAUCUUGAAUCCUCUUUCAAUGGCACCCGCCCCAAUGGCACCUGCUCCAGAACCAGCUCAGGCCAACCCUACGGGUCCUCAUCCAUCAUUCAUUCAAGUCGCCAAACCGUACAUGUUUCAGCAACAUAUCAAUUCAAAACUUAUGAUCAUUGGCACAAAUCCUACGCGCGAAGACCAAUUCAGACUACAGGGAGUGACAUGGAUUAAUGAUGUUAGAAUUGCUUUACAACUGUCAGUAUCACUCUCACGUUUGCAAAUACAGAGAACUAACUUCCAUAAGACCUGUUCGAACAUUUUGCACGGCUGCCACGUACUUUCAUCGAUUUCGACUUGUUCACAAAGAUACUGAAUAUCAGUAUCAAGAUGCAGCCGCCGCUGCGCUUUUAACGGCUUGCAAGAUUGAAGAUACUCUUAAAAAAUCUAAGGAGAUCAUUUGUGCAGCACAUAAUUUGAAGCAUGCAGCUGCAGAGCGUUUGAGUUCUGAUGAUACUGUAUGUAUUACCGCAUACGUCAUGAUCAUAAAUGGUUAGCUAAUCCAAGUAGAUUUUUGAGGGUCCUUCUAAGGUCGUCAUUGGCCUUGAACGUCUUAUGCUGGAGGCAUCUAGCUUCGACUUCCGCGUUCGUUAUCCACAGAAACAUCUUAUUAAGCUUGUUAAAAAUGGUGGAAUUCAAAGAGAUGUUGCAGAGGUUGCCUAUCAGGUCAUGCUGGAUCUUUAUCGAACAUUUGCACCCCUCAAGCAAACUUGUUCUACUAUGUCCUAUGCUUGUGUGGAACUGGCGACAUUGAUUUGUGAGAAGCAAAAGGGUUGGAAAGGUCCAAGCUAUAAAAAAUGGUGGACUACUCGAUCAGAAAUUAUGGAGACUAUGCUGGAUCUAUUGGAUCUCUAUACACAUUAUCAGAAGCAGUCCAUCGUUGGGCCUUUACACAAUAUUGAGAAGUUUAUCAGCAUCCGGAUUACAAUCAACCAAGAACUGGAAGGGAAGAAGUUACCGCGCUACACCGAAUACUACGAAGCGGCACGAAAUAAUGGCAUGCGACAUGCUCCUAAUACCCCUGUCACACCAGCCAGCCCCGCGGAUUUGCGAUUUAAUGGUCAUGUUGCAUCACCAGCAAACUUAAGCCCCAAAUCGAUAAGCUCGGGUGGGAAACAAUUCACAGGUGUUCGUGGUCAAAAUGGCACAGUACGCUUCAUGCUGGAUGUGGCCACGGCCAAGAACGAGAGAGACACGGUUAAUGAAUACUUUCAAGAUGAAUAUGAAAGUUAUGAGAUCGAAGUGGAAGAAACGGUGCCUGUUGAGCCAAUACCGACGCAUCAAACUCCGAGAGAGCCACAUCAUGGACGGCAUCAUGGACAUGGGCAUGGGCAUGGUCACGGUCACGGACAUGGUCGAGAUUAUCGACAUUUUAACAAACGAAUGCGAAGAUGAAUACCGUGGGUAAGCACAUUCAGAAGAGAAAAUAAUAUGGCGUUUGGUUUAGGGGAUAUAUCUGUAAGAUAAAUGCAUACUAGGAGUCUAACGAUGAUUCAUGGGAGGUUUUGGAGUUUUCGGGAGUGAACAGGAAGAUACCAUGUUAUUUAUAAGUAGUUGGGAGAGGUAGACAGACAUAUACCUAGUAUCUUAAUCGACACAUGAAAAUCACAGAAUGCCGAG